AUGAAAGUGUCCCUUAGCCUCAGCUUCUUCCUGACUUUCUUGGACCCAGGGAUCUGCCUUCAAUGUGAGGUUUGUCAUGGCAUUGGAAGAAGCUGCUCUGGCCCCAUGAAAACUUGUAGUGAAGUCAGUGAAGAUACCUGUGCCAUCAUUCUUCAUGAGGUCAUGAUAGGAGGGAUGCUUAUCCCUUCAUCCAUCAAGUCCUGCCUGUCAUCCAGCAUGUGCCAGCUUGGCCCUAUCACCAUGAACUAUGGGAAGGUAAAAGCAAGAAGCCACUUGGCUUGUUGCACAGGUGAUGACUGUCAAAAGGUUUCUGUCUCAUUGCCACCAGAGGACAAUGUGCCAAAUGGUUACCAGUGUCCUGCCUGUUACAGUGUGGACUCCUUCCAGUGUGGUGAUGAAAUUGUAAACUGCACUGGAUUUGAAACCCAGUGUGUUGACCUUGCUGGGUUAAUGAAUUCUGGAGGACUGUCUGUGAAAGCUGCUAUGAGGGGCUGCACCACCAUUUCUGAAUGCAGUCUUGUAGGAGAUGGAAAAAGCAAUCUAGGGACAAUGGACAUAAAGUUAAGGAGGUUCCACUGUGAACCAGCUUCUAUUUCAGUUACUGCAAGUUCUGCAUUUGCCCCUCCACACACCCUUUUCCUCCCUGUCCUGUUAGGCUUCAUCUUAGGAAGGUACUUUUCUGAUUCUCACUAG